AUGGUUGCUGUUUUAGGGAGUGCGAUGGUCAUGGCAGAGAACGUCACCAUUGUCACGGAGUUCCUGUUGUUAGGUUUCUCAAGCCUGGGUGAAAUUCAGCUGGCCCUUUUUGUUGUAUUCCUCUUUCUGUAUCUCGUCAUUCUGAGUGGCAAUGUCACCAUCAUCACCAUCAUCCGCCGGGAUAGAAGCCUUCACACACCAAUGUACUUUUUCCUUGGCAUUCUCUCCACCUCUGAGACUUUCUACACUUUUGUUAUCCUACCCAAGAUGCUCAUCAACCUCUUUUCUGUGGCCCGGACCAUAUCCUUCACCUGCUGUGCUAUUCAAAUGUUUUUCUUCCUUGGUUUUGCCAUUGCCAACUGCCUGCUCUUGGGUGUGAUGGGUUAUGAUCGCUACGCUGCCAUUUGUCAACCUCUGCAUUACCCAAUCCUUAUGAGUUGGCAGGUGUGUGGAAAACUGGCAGCUGUCUGUGGCCUUGGGGGUUUCUUGGCCUCUCUUAUGGUAGUAAAUCUUGUCUUUAGCCUCCCUUUCUGCAGUGCCAACGAGAUCAACCACUACUUCUGUGACAUCUCACCUGUCAUUCGUCUGGCUUGCACCAACACAGAUGUUCAUGAAUUUGUCAUUUUCAUCUGUGGAGUUCUUGUCCUGGUGGUCCCAUUUUUCUUCAUUUGUGUCUCCUAUUGCUGCAUCCUGAGGACUAUCCUAAAGAUUCCUUCAGCUGAGGGGAGAAGGAAAGCCUUUUCCACGUGUUCCUCCCAUCUCACUGUUGUCAUUGUUCACUAUGGAUGCGCUUCCUUUAUCUACCUAAGACCUACAGCAAACUAUGUCUCCAACAAAGACAGGCUAGUCACCGUGGUAUACACCAUUGUCACUCCAUUGCUAAACCCCAUGGUCUAUAGCCUCAGAAACAAAGAUGUCCAGGUUGCAAUCAGAAAAGUUUUAGGCAAGAAAGGCACUCUAAAUCUAUAA